AAGAUCCACACAAACUACCAGUUGUCAGGUUGACAUUGACCACUCCAAGGCUUUAGGCAAUUCUAUCAGUUGUAGCAUCUACACACAAGACAACCAAAGAUGGGCUGGGAUGGAGGAUACGAGCCCAAUGGUACUGAGGGAAAAAACUUCUACAUACCGAUGUCCAACAAAACCGGCAUUGUCAGAAGUCCCUUUGAAUACCCACAGUACUACAUGGUGGACCCAAUGAUGUUUAAGGCCCUAGCCUUCUACAUGUUUUUCCUGAUCUGCACCGGAACUCCCAUCAACGGCCUGACGUUGCUUGUUACAGUUCAGAACAAGAAAUUACGGCAACCCCUCAACUACAUCCUUGUGAAUCUGGCCGUGGCCGGGCUCAUCAUGUGCUGCUUUGGCUUCACCAUCACCAUAACAUCUGCUUUUAGUGGUUAUUUCAUUCUUGGAUCCACCUUCUGCGCUAUUGAAGGAUUCAUGGCAACACUUGGAGGUGAGGUUUCUCUCUGGUCCUUGGUUGUGCUGGCUAUAGAGAGAUAUAUUGUCGUAUGCAAACCCAUGGGCAGUUUCAAAUUCACUGGAACUCAUGCCGCUGCUGGAGUCCUCUCCACAUGGAUCAUGGCUCUUGCUUGUGCAGCACCCCCACUUUUUGGGUGGUCCAGGUACCUUCCUGAAGGCAUGCAGUGCUCCUGCGGACCUGACUAUUACACCUUGGCUCCAGGAUACAACAAUGAAUCUUAUGUCAUCUACCUGUUUGUGGUUCACUUCUUCGUUCCUGUUUUUCUGAUUUUAUUCACCUAUGGAAGCCUUGUCAUGACAGUCAAAGCUGCCGCAGCUCAGCAGCAGGAUUCAGCUUCUACUCAGAAAGCUGAGAAGGAGGUAACACGUAUGUGUGUCUUGAUGGUGUUGGGUUUCCUGGUAGCCUGGUUGCCAUAUGCAGCUUUUGCCGGCUGGAUCUUUCUUAACAAAGGAGCAGCUUUCUCAGCUCUGACUGCCUCAAUACCUGCUUUCUUUGCAAAGAGCUCUGCCCUGUACAAUCCAGUUAUCUAUGUGCUGAUGAACAAACAGUUUCGUAACUGCAUGCUCAGCACCAUUGGAAUGGGCGGCAUGGUGGAGGAUGAGACCUCAAUUACAACUAGCAAGACAGAAGUCUCUACUGCUGCUUAAAGACCAAUUGUCUUAUUAACCAUUUAACAGUUGGUUUGGGCUAAAACCUGCCCCAUGAGCCUCUAGGGCAGUUUGGUGGCCAGUGGAUUGUUAAUGAAUGAUGAUCUUUUUAAAUCUGUGGGCACGUCCUUGAAGAAUAGCUUUUUGAGUUUAAUAGAGCCCAACCAAAAACAAAUACUUUUGCCAAAUUAUUUCAUGAAUUAAACAACUUAGGACCAAGGAAUUUGCUCAUGUUUGGCUAUGCAUGGAAAGUAUCAAGUGUAAAUUUUAUUUUUGAGUUAAUUUUGUACAGCAGCUUUACGAAUGAAUGUCUAAGUAUGUAUGACUAAACUUGGAUCUCCCUGAACACCUCUACUAUAUACACAGGAUGUGAACCACUGAAAACCUUUAAUUGUUGAAUGUGCAAUAAAGUAUGAAGUGUUUCUUUGUAAUUAUGAGAAAAUAUGUGUAACUGGUCAAGAGUGACAUUAUUUUUAUGCAUUUUGAAAAAACAAACAAAAACAACACAUAAUGUUGACUAGACAAUAAAUGCAUUAUCAGAAACA